AUUUCGGCUCUUCCCAACACUUGCGUUUCGCAGAGAUUGAGGCAAGUCUGUAACUGAUGACUGUGGAAGCCAACACGACGGAGCAAACCCUAGCCGAGACGACGCCGGAGGACGUCGAGGCCUUGCUUGAGGCUGCUAGAUAUAAUGACCUUGAUGAUGUCAUAAGCUUAGCCUCUGCCGGUGUCUCUCUCGAUUCUAAAGAUUCAGAAGGCCGAACAGCACUUCACAUGGCUGCAGCUAAUGGACACCUUACCAUUGUGGAGUACCUCAUCAGUAAAUCAGUGGAUAUAAAUGCUGCUAAUGAGGAGAAGAAUACACCUCUUCACUGGGCUUGCUUAAAUGGUCAUAUUGAGGUGGUUAAGAGAUUGAUUCUGGCAGGAGCAAAUGUAAGCAUGUUGAACAGCCAUGAUCGAACUCCGAUUGAUGAAGCUGUCAGCAGAGGAAGGAUGGACAUAAUUGAUGCAAUGAAUGCAGCAGUAGCAGAAGUGGAGCUUAGUGGUGUAGCAGUUUCCUGAUAAUGAUAAGCUCAAAUGAAGGUUGUCUUUUUGUCUUUUUUGAUGAAAGAAGGUCGUUUUUUUAAGCAUGUAUCCAUUUUCUCAUAUAUAUUUGUAAGAUUGCCGGAUAUAUUCUUUUGGUUGCUUUUACAGUGCAUGAUAUCUUUUAAUA